GAGUGCAUAUACAAAAAUGUGUAUACUUUAAACACAGUGCAUCUGGCAACAGUGCAGAAUAUAGAUAUUGAUUAUAUCAGGGCACAUUAAGUGGUUUCAAGACAAUAUGAAUUUGAAGGUAUCAGAUAUGGGUAUGCCAAAAGGAGCGUGUGUUUUUUUUUUAAGAAUUGAAAGGCAUUGAAAUGUGCACCAAGUGAUUUGCUGGGGCCGGUGUAAACAAAACAGCUGCAUUGUGGAGCCAGGCUUUUUCAACAAUAUCACAUAACAUAGCACAGGUGAAUAUACUGUAUUGUUAGGCGUCGCGCUAAAAUGUUUACUGUGUAUUUGAAACUCGAUGCCCUGACAUGGUGACCAUGUGCAAACAUGGUAUGACCAGACAAAGUAUUGUAAUUGUAUCCGUAUCAUCACACAAGCACCCGCAUAACGCUUUAUUCGGGCCGUGUUUGCUCAUGGUGCAUGCACCUUGUAUAAAGCAGCACCACAAUUCGCAUCGUCUUAAAACAACAACAACAACACGUGCUCUCUCGAGCGCAGGGCAGGGCACCAUCAUGUCUGACGCGGUGCUGGUGCGCGCGAUUGAAGCGGCCGAACAGGGUGACCUGACCAGCCUGCGUGAGCUUCACGCGCAGGGGCUGCUUGCGUCACUGCAAGACGAGCAGCAGCAGCAGCGGCAGCAGGAACGGCGGCAGCAGCAGCAGCAGCAGGCGGCAUGGUCCAGCCUCGCCUCACCCGUGCAUCACGCGGCGCGCGCGGGGAGCCUCACCGCGCUGCGUUUCUUGGUCGGGGAGGCGCGCCUGAGCGCCAGAAUCCGCACCGGCCCGGCACGUGCGAGCCCAGCGCACGACGCGGCUGCACGGGGCCAGCUUGCGUGUCUGCGCUACCUGCUCGAGGACGGGGCCUGCGACAGCGAGGAGCGCGAUGGUGCAGGCUGCACUGUGUUGCAUGUGGCAGCACGGUUUGGCUGUACAGCGGUUGUGAACUGGUUGCUCCAGUCUGGCCGAUGUGACCCGCGUGCUGUCACUGAAGCGCUUGCUUUGCCGAUACAUUACUCAGCUGUACGUGGAGAUCCCGAUUCUACGAAUGCCCUGCUCCAAGCAGCCCCAGACACAGUUAAUGCACGCACACGUGAAGGUGUGACACCUGUUUAUUUGGCAUGCCAAGAAGGGCAUCUUUUCCUUUUACAACGGCUUGUGGAGAAAUGGGGAGCUGAUGUUACGAUACAAAGUGAGGAUGGGAUGACUCCGCUUCAUGCUGCUGCACAAAAUGGCCACACUCCGUUGCUUGCCUGGCUGACAGAAUUCACGGUCCUCAAUCUUAAUCAUGUGGACGGAGAUGGCGUAAGCCCACUGCACUUUGCUGCAGGAGGAGGACAUUGCUCAACAAUGGACUGGCUCCUUGCUCACGGUGCUAAGAACCAGGUGGACCUCACGGGAUGCUACCCACUUCAUGAUGCCGCAGAUAAUGGACACAUUAAGUGUUGUGAAAUUUUGCUGAUGCAUGAAGCUGAUGUAAAUGCAAAAGACUCUUGGGGAUAUACACCUGUGGAUUUAGCUGAAGAAAAUGGACACACGGAAUGUGUGGAAUACCUGCUUUUUCAAAGGCACAACUCAUGUGAACAGGGUGCAACAAAUCGGAAACCAGGCCGGAGAGUGACGUUUAAACUGACCGAGGGAGAUGACAUUCCAGGAAGUGAAAUGGACGACUAUGAAGCUGCCGAGCUUCCAAAGCUCUCCGAUCUGCUAGUGGCAGCAGAUACUGACGUGGAGUCAAGCAUUGACAUUCCAGAGCCUGAAAGUGAGGGAGAAAGAGACUUUGAUGUCAUCAGCAUUACAGCAGAGGAACAUUCAUAUGUACCACCACAGGCACCGCCUCCACCAUCUCAUCCACAGAUAAAUAGAUAUGAUGGUGCCAGCCUCUAUAAAACGCUGCCGUGCAAGUCGGGCGUUAAAAAAAACAACCUCAAAGCUUCAAGUAGCUUAAAUUUUGAACUUAUAGAAGAACUGAAAGCUGGAAAGAGUCUGAAACCAACACAAAACAGCAAUGGACGUUUAAUAACGUUUGUAGAAUGGAAUGAAGCUAAAAAACAUGAAAUUAGUGAUUGUUCAUCAAACGCAGAAGCUGGUGUUGGAGUCACCCCAGAUGAAGAAAAAAGUUGUUCUUCCGAAAGCAGCAAUGCCCCAGUGACACACACAAGCAAUGAAGAAACCCCUUCAAAACCACUGAAUGAUGUUUCUCCACCCUCUAACUUAAACUGUGAUUUUAAAAGUGAAAUUAGUCCUGCCAAUGUUAUUAUAAUCCCUUUGCAGCCUGACAAAAAAAAAUACAAUUGAUCAAAUAAAUGUUGUCCGUAAUUCAGAUUAGACUUUUGAUUCAAAAUCCAAUGUUGGUGAUGAUUAAUCAGAUAUCGUUCCAAUGGAAUUCUCACUGUGAGAAUUUUAUUAUGUUUAUUUUUAUUAUUUUAUUAUUUCCCUUCUACGUGACUUUACCGAAAGAACCAAGAAUAUGAAUCCCUGCAGUCACGAAAGAUUUAAAUAGAAAUAUAAUCCUGAAUGUUGCAAUUCGAAAUAAAUUUCCCAAGAUAGCCACAAAGCAAACAGCCAGCAAUAAAUCUUCCAUGAAAUAUUCUGGAUAUAAAAAGUUAUUUUAAGGGGAUAUGUGGGGAUUUUAAGAUAAGGUACUCAGAUAAUAAACUAAUUCUAACAUGAUACUGACAUGGUACAAAGUUGCAGGACACAAACAUGAGGUGAGUUACGAGAAGAAAGAUAGCCAUAGAAAAUGUGUGCUAUUUCUUUUAAAGUUAUUUCUAAGUCUAAUUGAAAUUCCAAUCAAUAGAAUAGAGCAGGUUUGUAUCCUGUAAUUGCAUGCAAUUAUGUAUUGUGUAAUUGUAAUAAAAAUAUUCCUCAGAAACGAAGAAAACAUUGUCAUUGUUAAUAGCAAUUUGUAAUUGAUGCGGGUACAUAUACAGUGAGGGAAAAAAAUAUUUGAUCCCCUGCUGAUUUGUACGUUUGCCCACUGACAAAGAAAUGAUCAGUAUAUAAUUUUAAUGGUAGGUUUAUUUGAACAGUGAGA